AAUAACAUAAAAAGGAAGGAGAGAGAGAGAGAAGAAAAACAUGAGAGAGAGUGAGAGAAAUAAGAGAAACAUGAGAGAGAGUUCCAUUUUUUCUCUCUGUUUCCCAAGUGUUUCUCUUUCCAAGUUCCCUUUUUCUCCUGUCUCUUUUCGUUCUCCUCUCUUCUUCCUCAAUAGCUGCAGCUGCUACAGCUAAACAACUCCACACAACAACAGCUAAAAGAUCCACCAAUAAAACAAGCAGCAGAAGCAGCCAAGGAUAUCAGCUUUACUUACCCCCGGCCCCCGAUCGCCGGUUUCCAGCAUGGAAGACCGGCGUAGAAAUGAAUUCCAGAUACCGGCGGCGGCUUUUUCCGGCUAAAUGCAAGGAAAGAGCCGUCGAGCUGAUGAUGCCACUGUUGUUCUGACUUGCAACGACGAUGACGACGGUGGAGGAAGAAGAUUAGCCGUCCCUACUCCUAGCCAGUGUCCUCUUCUUUAUUUAUUACUGUUAGUAUUCAUUUACUUUUGUCUUCUUCACUUAUCAAGUGACGGUCCUGCUUCCAAGUACAAACAAUGGCUGCCACUGCGAAUAAUACAACGAUGGACUCGUCGGUGCCGGUGUCGGCUGAUGACCUGACGGCAAAGGCGGUCCACAAGCGGUAUGAAGGAUUGGUGACUGUGAGGACUAAAGCCAUAAAGGGCAAAGGGGCUUGGUACUGGGCUCACCUGGAACCCAUACUGGUUCAUAAUUCUGACACCGGACUCCCCAAAGCGGUCAAGCUCAGGUGUUCCCUCUGCGAUGCUGUUUUCUCAGCUUCCAACCCAUCUCGCACUGCUUCCGAGCACCUCAAGAGAGGGACUUGCCCCAAUUUCAAUUCUGUACCCAAACCCAUCUCCUCUGUUUCACCUUCUCCUAUCUCCCCCAUCCCUUCACCUUCUUCGCACCCUCACCACCACCACCCCAACCACCGCAAGCGCAGUGCUUCGUCUUCUGGCGGGGGUGGCGGCGCUGGUCCCUCUUCCUCGUAUCAGAUAUCACCACUUGCCAUGGUCGAUCCCACCCGCUUCUGUUCCGACCUCGGCUACUCUUCCCCAACGGCCGUCGCCACUUCCAGUGCUACUGCGGCUUUGCCUCCGCCACAGCAUCCACAUUUGAUGCUGUCGGGCGGGAAGGAGGACUUGGGUGCUCUCGCCAUGCUCGAAGACAGCGUGAAGAAGCUCAAGAGUCCCAAGGCGUCCCCCGGCCCCAUGCUCAGCAAGAACCAGAUUGAAUCCGCUUUCAGCCUCCUCGCAGAUUGGCUCUAUGAGUCCUGCGGUGCUGUCUCCUUCUCAAGCCUUGAGCAUCCCAAGUUCCGGGCUUUCCUUAACCAGGUAGGCUUGCCCCCGGUUUCCCGCCGAGAGUUUUCCGGUUCCAGGCUCGACGCCAGGUUUGAAGAAGCGAAGACUGAGUCCGAAGCGAGAAUUAGGGAUGCCAUGUUUUUUCAGGUCGCCUCGGAUGGGUGGAAGCCGAAGAGUUUCAACAGUGUUGGUGGAGAAAGCUUGGUGAAUUUGACAGUGAACCUCCCCAAUGGGACGAGUGUGUUCCAAAAGGCGUUGUUCACGAGCGGGCCUGUUCCGUCCAAGUACGCAGAGGAGAUCCUCUGGGAGACGAUCACGGGCAUAUGUGGGAGUGUCGUGCAACGCUGCGUGGGGAUCGUUGCCGACAAGUUCAAGGGAAAGGCAUUGAGAAAUUUAGAGAGCCAGAACCAUUGGAUGGUUAAUCUGUCUUGCCAGCUUCAGGGGUUCAUUAGUUUGAUCAAGGACUUCAGCAAGGAGCUUCCGCUCUUCAAGACUGUUACUGAGAAUUGCUUGAAGCUCGCAAAUUUUGUAAAUACUAAGUCCCAGGUCCGGAAUACAUUCCACAAGUACCAAAUGCAGGAGCUUGAUCAUGCCGGGCUGCUCCGGGUGCCACCGGCUGAGGGUGAGAACAGUGAUAACUUUGCACUUGUGUAUGCAAUGUUAGAGGACAUUGUGAACUCUGCUCGGGCACUCCAAUUGGUUGUGUUAGAUGAAUCUUAUAAGAUGGUAUGCGUAGAGGAUCCUGUUGCAAGGGAGGUUGCAGAGAUGAUACGGGAUGUGGGGUUUUGGAGUGAAUUGGAGGCUGUUCACUCUCUAGUGAAGCUGAUUAGGGGGAUGGCUCAGGAGAUUGAGGCAGACAGACCGCUGGUUGGACAAUGCCUCCCACUCUGGGAGGAGCUAAGGACAAAAGUGAAGGAAUGGUGUGCCAAGUUCAACAUUGCAGAGGGACCUGUGGAGAAGGUAAUUGAGAAGAGGUUCAAGAAGAACUACCACCCAGCUUGGUCAGCAGCAUUCAUACUUGACCCUCUUUAUUUGAUGAAAGACACGAGCGGCAAGUACCUCCCACCUUUCAAGUGCUUGACACCCGAGCAGGAGAAGGAUGUUGACAAGCUCAUUACCAGGCUGGUGUCUAGGGAGGAGGCACAUAUUGCACUGAUGGAGCUCAUGAAGUGGAGGUCAGAGGGGCUUGACCCACUCUAUGCAAAGGCUGUUCAGGUGAAACAGCGAGACCCCUUGACAGGAAAGAUGAAAAUUGCAAACCCGCAGAGUAGUAGACUAGUGUGGGAGACAUGCCUGAGUGAAUUUAAGUCUUUAGGGAAGGUGGCAGUGAGGCUGAUAUUCCUCCAUGCAACCUCAUGUGGGUUCAAAUGCAAUUGGUCAUUCUUGAGGUGGGUGUGCACUCAUGGGCACUCGAGCGCCGGCAUGGACAGAGCACAGAAGAUGAUAUUCAUUGCAGCCCAUGCCAAGCUUGAGAGGCGGGAUUUCUCCAGUGAGGAAGACAAGGAUGCAGAGCUGUUUGCCACAGUAAAUGGAGAGGAUGACGCACUAAAUGAGGUCUUUGUUGAUGCAUCCUCAGUGUAACAUUUUUUUUCACCCUUGUAGAAUUCUGAAAUUGUAGGAUUUAUUGAAUUCUUUCCACUACUCGUCUUUGUCUUUGUUUACUUACUCUCAUCUAAUAGAAGAUUUUGAGGCAGUAGGGCAGGGGAGGGAGGAACCAUGAGAGAGGAUUGAAUGAUGUAUUAGAGGCCUUUGGAUUCGACUGAUCAACCAUCUCCUGCCUGAGCAUGAUUUUGGGGUUACUGGGUUUGCAGCAAAAGAAACUCUUCUUGUUUAUAAUGAUAUGACAAUUAAUGAACAGAACAGGAAGAAUGUUGUAACAUUUUCUUUCCUAGAGUUAUUUGAGAUAAAUAAUAUUUAUGAAGGAGGUCAUCUUUUUUUACCUCUUCUGGUAUUCAUUUCAGAAA